AUGCCAGUGGGAACUUCCUUUCUACCGGCCAUUCUCCGGCCCCAGUAUACCUGGCCAGCCCCAUCAACCGCUUCUCCGUCACAAAACACCCCGCGCGUGCCCCGAAUAACAGGCAAGACGACCCGACGAUUCUGGGGAUUCAUCCACAAGGCCCUGGCCCACUUUUCCCGACUGUACUGCUCCUGCUUCGGCAUUGAGUUCGAUCCGCACAUUUUCCAGUUACCCUUUGGUCUUGUGCUGAAAUGGACAAACCGGACGAGCCUAGGCGAAGUCGCCGCGAUGCAAAUGGCGCGAGCGGCCGGCAUCCCGGCCCCCAGGGUUUUGAGCUGCGGCAAGCACCCCGGUGAUUUCAGAAAAAUCUCUAUCUUGAUGACCAGGCUUCCUGGGAUCACGCUGGUGAAUUCCGAUGAUCCGUUGGAAGUUGACGUUGAGGAGCCGUGGCUGUAUGAGCUGAAAGCGUGCGUCGAGGCUAUGCGUCUGUGGACUCCGCCUCGUCAAGACCUUAUCUGUUCUCCGAUUGGGACUGAGCUGCGUAGUUCCCGCGUUCCUGAUCAUGUCAUGGGUCCUUGUAGUAACCAUGAAGAGCUCUAUGACCAUCUUUUCUACUCGAUGUUAGACCAUGCGUUUCAAUCCAAGGCCGAAUUUCAGAAAACACUUGAGAUUGCCAACCGCCUGCGACAGCGCUCUUAUACUACAAAGUUCACCCACGGCGAUUUCAAAGCCCAUAACAUCCUUGUCGGUGAUGACGGGCAUCUAGCUGGAUUUCUUGACUGGGAGUCAGGAGGCUGGUAUCCCGAAUACUGGGAGUUUACGACCGCGAUGCGCUUUGGAAAGGACAGCUGGUGGUACCAGGUGGCCGCAUGGAUGGGUGGCGAUCAGUAUCUCCAGGAGCUGGAAGCUGAUAAAGCUCUUAAUCACUUGACAGUCGACUCGUAUGUCGCCUUCUAA